AUGCCUCUCAUUCAGCAGAUAAUUCGAGAAGGGGAGUCAUUUGGUGAGAUCCAUUACUGGUUACGGGAGAUUCCAGCCGACCUAGAAGAGAUAUAUAUACAUAUUCUCAAAAAUGUGAUAGAGGACAGAAAUCGGGGGCAGUCGCUCAUAUUCUUCCAGUGGGUAUGCCUCGCUGAGCGACCUCUGACUGUGAAAGAAAUGCGGUAUGCCCUAGUGACCAAUAAUGCUAAAAUGACACCUUCCCCUAUGAUGAUAUGGGAAAAGACUGACGGAUUUAUCGGAAGCGACGAGCUCUCAAGCAGGGAUUGCGCCGAGACUAUACAGGCGGUCCACCAGUCUGUCAACGAUUUCUUACGCGCCAAAGGACUGCAGAUUUCAUAUCAUUGCGUCGCAACAAGCUCACCAUAUAUUAAUAACGAUGAGGUUCUCUUUCACUGUCAAGCAGUUCUCUAUCGAUCAUGCCUGGUUUAUCUAGUCACUGCGAAAUUGCCCCACGAAGGGUUAGAUAGUGAUAGCGGUAACUGGAUGAAACGACACAACAUGGUUCAUGAGAAUCCUUUUCUUGCCAAUGCCACCAUAAAUCUCUUCAUUCAUGCAGAAAAGGGGACCGAAUCUCGACGCGGCCUUAUACAUAAUGAACUACAUACACUACAGCAAAUCGCGCAUCGCUGGGCCAAGGUUUAUAACAUCUUAGACCGUUUAGGCGAUGCAUGCCCAGCCGAAGAAACGACACUAUUGCACAUAGCUGCAGCAACCAAUCUUGUCGACAUCAUAGAUUCUAUCUUGUCGAACAGAGUGGAUCUCGCGAAGAGAAACAGAAAUGGAGAGAAGGCUUUCCAUGUAGCAGCGCGACGUGGUCAUAUAGCAGCAGGCAAAAUACUCAUGGAGAAAGGAGCAGAUCGCGAGGCAAGAUGCAUAGAUGGGAUGACCCCAUUAAUGGCGGCGGCUAGCUUUGGGCAUGUGGCAUUCGUCCAAUGGCUCCUAUGCGACGAAUCGGGAGACCAAAAAGAUGAUACUGAAGGUGCGAUGCAAGCUGCUGCAGGUGGAAAGUAUGGCAAUGCCCUCCAGGCCGCUGCAUCAUCAUACAAAAGCAACACUGAGAUAGUCAGGAUGCUACUUGACGCUCACGCCGAUGUCAAUUCCCAGGGUGGAUACUAUGGCAAUGCCCUCCAGGCCGCUGUAUCAUCAUACAAAAGCAACACUGAAAUAGUCAGGAUGCUACUUAACGCUCACGCCGAUGUCAAUGCCCAGGGUGGGUACUUUGGCAAUGCCCUCCAGGCCGCUGCAUGGGUUGGAAGCACUGAGAUUGUGGGGAUGCUAAUUGACGCUCACGCCGAUGUCAAGGCCCAGCAUAGUCUAGAUGGAACUGCUUUGUCUAUGGCUGUUGAUCGGGGCAAAGUAGAGCAAAUUCAGAUUCUUCUCAACGCCGGUGCGGCAGACUUGCUACCUGCAGAUGACCUUAACAUCUUACUCAAAAAGGAGUGUCUACGCACUGGACCAGCAUCAGAUCAUUUGCGAUAUUUAAGGAACCUGUCGGUGUCCCUGGGUCAUAUCAUAUGA